AUGUUGGCGGUUGCGCUCCCUAAGGAGUCCCAGGAAGCCACAAUGUGCAAAGGGUUUGGUUCCACUCUGAUUGGACCUGCCUUGCAACGGUACAUUAAUCUCCCUACCAGGUCCAUAUCUUCCUUCGCAAGCCUCAGCGACAAAUUCGUGGAGCAAUUUGUAAGCAGUAGGAGCCUGGAGAAGACUUCAGAUGGUCUCUACAAGAUCCUCCAGCAUCGAGUGGAACCCCUGCGAGACUACAUAGCCCGCUUCAACCAGGAGAAAGUGGCGGUCCCCGAAUGCAGCAUCCCUACCAUGUGUUAUCGCGAGCCUAAGGUGAAGUGGGAGGAAGAUGUUGCUAGCCGUGCCAAGGCUCAACCAAAGCAGGACCAAAGGUCAGCCCGAUCAGAUCAAGGAGACCGAGAGGAAAGAUCCUCCCAAAAAGGAUCCAAGGACUCUGGAAGUAGAAACAGGGGCAGGUUCCAGUACCGGCCUCAAGAGAAGGAAAAAGGGAGGUCAGUAUCUACGUGGCCCGAUAUCUCCCAUCUCUCAAUAUCAACACCAGAGCUGGUCAAUGCUCUGAGACAGAUGGGGCAACAGGUUAAGUGGCCUCCGAAGAUGAAAGCACCUGACUCGUUCCAGAACCCGGAACUCUGGUGCGACAUCCACCACGAUCAUGGCCACAAAACCGAAGACUGCAUCGCCCUAAGGAUCGAGGUCAACAAACUACUCCAAAAGGGCAUCUCCGAGAAUUCCUCUGUGAGAAAGUCAAGGCCCACCUCAGCAAAGAAACAGCAGGGAGAUCCAAAGGAGCUGCACCAGCCUCACCACCUUGCCAAGAUCUGGUGA